AUGCCAGGACAGAUUCCUGACCCUGCUCUGGCAGCAGGCUCCCUCCCAGGUCUGGGACUGGUGGGCAUCUCAGCCACCACACUCGCCAACCAACUCAAGCUAGCGGACUACCACCAGCUGGGGUCAAUGCUGUCCCCCCUGCACUUCCUGGGUCGCCUGGGGAAGAGGCCACUGCUCAUUAAGACUGAGAUGGAUGAAGACGAGGACAGAAGGAAAAGACGAAGAGAGAAAAACAAGGUCGCAGCUGCACGCUGUAGAAACAAAAAGAAGGAACGGACAGACUUCCUUCAGCGGGAAUCAGAACGUCUAGAGAUGGUGAACUCUGAGCUCAAGGCUCAGAUCGAAGAACUCCGGCACGAGAGGCAGCAACUCAUGGUGAUGCUCAAUCUGCACCGGCCCACCUGCAUAGUGAGGACAGACAGUGUGAAAACACCAGAGGAUGAGGCCAACCCUUUGCUAGAGCAGUUCUGA